GCCUUGGAAUCUUUCAUUUAUUUCUGAUUGUUGGCUCAGAAUAUUUUCAUCAUCAUAUUAUUACUGUAACUUGAACUCUGAGGUGAGAGAUGAAGUUAUAAUCAUAAGAAAUACAUUUCUGGGGGGGAAUCCUGCUAUGCAGAUGACGUGAUUUUUGCAACAGUGAUGUGAUAUAUAUUUAUCAGUAGAUGUUAAUUUAAGUCGUGUUUGAACGAUAUAUGCAGAUACCAUGCACGUGAUAUGAAAGCUUGCCUGCUCAACGGAAUAUCUUUUUACUUCGCUUCUUUUUUCUCCAAUAGGUGUAUUUAUUGUAAACUAUUACACCAAAAAACAUAAAAUGAUGAAUUUCAGUCAACCAGCAUUGGCUGAAGAUUCGUACUUCUGUUUUGAGUCUGUGAACGGGUCUUGCCCGAAGAUCAUCUAUCCAACAGUGAUACGGAUUCUGCUGCAAAUUUUCUUUUCAGUCAUCCUUGUCGUGACAUUGUGUGGAAACAUUCUCGUCAUCAUCUCCAUCACUCACUUCAAACAUCUGCACACUCCAACCAACUACCUCAUCCUCUCUCUGGCAGUGACGGACUUCCUGCUGGGAAGCGUUGUCAUGCCUCCUUACAUGGUUCGAGUUAUUGAAUCAUGCUGGUAUUUCGGGGACGUGUUCUGUAAAAUCCACAUGAGUGCAGAUAUCAUUCUGUACCUGGCAGCCAUGUUAAAUCUUUCUUUCAUUUCCAUCGAUCGAUAUUAUGCGGUUUGUCAGCCCCUCCACUACCGGAACAAGAUCACCACUUGUGCCACGACGAUCAUGAUCCUCAUCUGUUGGGGUUUGUCUGCUUUUGUUGGGUUCGGGUUGGUAUUUCUGGAGCUGAACUUGUUGGGCAUCGAAGACUUUUAUUAUGAACACGUUGCUUGUGCAGGAAGCUGUGUUUUGUUUCAGGGCAAAACAGCAAGUUUAAUAUGUUUCGUCCUCACUUUUUUCAUCCCUGGGCUCAUUAUGCUGGUCAUAUAUCAAAAAAUCUUCCAUGUUGCACGGAAGCAAGCCCGUUGUAUCCACAGCACUGCCGGUAACAAUGCACACUCUGAAAUCAGCAAAAUGGAGAGAAAGGCUACAAAGACACUAAUGAUCGUCAUGGGGGUAUUCCUGUCGUGCUCUACACCCUUUAUUUUGACAAACCUAAUUAACCCGUUCAUUAAUUAUUCCAUUCCACCUGUGUUGAUUGAAACACUUUUCUGUAUGACCUAUUUAAAUUCAACAUGCAAUCCCAUUAUUUAUGCUUUCUACUACAGUUGGUUCAGGAAAGCGUUCAAAAUGAUCAUUUUUGGUAAAAUAUUUCAAGCUCAUUCCUCAACAGCUAAAUUAUCUACAGACUGACAAUCUCCUUAUUUAUUUUUGAUAAAUUCAUUUUGGUUUUUUUUGUGAUCAUCACAUUGUAUAUAGACAAAAAGUGAUUUCAAAUAUUUUAAAUAAUGUCCUUUUUAUGAAAAAUAG